AUGCUGAAUGUGAUGCACAUUUUAGUGACUAAAAGGUAUAAUAAUAUCUUCUCUUAUCUAAGAGAAGACCUUGUCUAUUUGGUUGAGAUUAAUGAAACUUGCGAUGAUCAUGAUAAAUGUGAGGAUGCUUUAGUGAAAAUUCAUGUAGGUUGUUAAAGCCUUUUCUCAUUAUUGUACUAUCAAUACGUAUACUAAGAUAGUUUUAACAUCUUGUGUUAAAACUUUCUUAAAGGCAUCAUGCAAUAAGGGUAUAAAUGGUACUUGUGGAUAUUUAAAAACUGAUAAAUGCUAAUUAUUAUAUAAAUAUUCAGAUGAAGUUUCAAUGAUUACACUACCUGCUUAGCAGGUGGUGGUUUUAUUAGUAAUGGAACUGCUUAGUAGCUAGAGGAAAUGCAAUAAUUAAAAAACAGAAAUUUCAUGCAACAAUACUAUUGGUUGUGAUAAAUUGAAGGAAUGUUCAAAUUUUUUUGAAACUACAUUUGAAAGUUGUAAAUCUCAAACUAUCACUUCUGGCACUGGCAUAACUGAUUGA